UUAAUAUUUAUUUACAAAUCCAUUCUAACGUAAAAGCAAUUUAUCAAUAAUUUUAUUAUUUUUUUCAAAGGAUUAUUUCAGUAAACAAACUGAUCGUAUUGAUGAAGAUUUGAUUCCAAAUGGUACACUGUAUAAUUGCACUGAAUUUCCUGAUUUUAAUGUUUUCUAUGUACAAUCAAAGCCAAUUAAUACAGAAAGAAUUUAUCAUCAUUUGGCAUAUGAGUCAACACAUGGACAAAGAAAUAAACAGCCUGAUUUAUCAUGGGGUAAAUAUAAAAUUGAAGGAAAUAAUACGUAUCCAGAGAUGAAAAAAUAUACAUUGAAUCAAAUACGACACUCAUUUUGGACGUGGACUGGAAGAAUUUGUGAUAUUUGUUUGUGUUAUCUUGAUCAAAUAAAUAUGCCAAAUUCUAUUAGAAAAAUAAGUAUGGAACCGGUUGUGGCAUCAUCUGGAGCAAUUGUAACUGGAAUAAAAUGGAUUAUUGAAGAUGAUAUAUUAUGCCUGAAAAUACAAGAAGGAAAUUACAUUAAUGGAAGUAUUUAUAAUGAAAAUUUAAACUGGCUUGGUGCAGAAAAUAUUAAAGAUAAAAUAAUUCUAAAUGCAAAUUUACGUAGUUUUAGUUUGGAGGAUUUUAUUUUACCAGAAGGAUCACUUGUUGCUGGUUUGAUUUAAAUUACAUUUUUUUGUUUUAAAUAAAACUCGAUAAUAAUAAUUAUUUAAAUUCAUUUUAGGUGUUAAA